AUGGCUUAUAAAACCCCCAUUGUUAUGUCCCCGUACCGAUUGGUGUUUGGAAAACUAUGUCACCUUCCAGCGGAGCUUGAGUACAAAGCAUAUUGUCUCGUUAAGAAGUUCAACAUGGCCUUGGAUGAAGCUGGAUUGCGUAGGAAGCUACAAUUGCAAGAGUUGGAGGAGAUAAGGAACGAGGCUUAUGAAAACGCAGCAAUUUACAAAGCAAAGACUAAGGCACGGUCUGACAGGCUAAUUGUAAUAAAAGAGUACAAGGUGGGCCAAAAGGGCCUCUUGUUUCAAUCACGCCUACGUCUUUUUUUAGGAAAACUGCGUUCUCGCUGGAUCCGACCAUUCAUUGUCGUGAAAGUGUUUCCACAUGGAGCCAUGGAAAUCCAAAGUGAAGCCACCUCAAAGAUUUUAAAGGUUAACGGGCAGCGGCUUAAGCCGCACUUUGAUGCAAAAAAUAAAGUACAUUAA